AUGGCCAUGGCCGUCGACUCUCGCCAGCAACACCACCACCCUCACUUCAGCAAUAUGGGCUACGAUGCGAUGAGAUAUCCACCCGCCCCGCAGUUCUCGAAUCCAUGGGUCUCCCAGCCGGCCUCCAACCAGAGCCAGAUGUACGCGACCUCGAUGCCCCAGACGUCUGUCGGCGGCGAAUCGCGAUACAUUCAGGCGCCCCAUGUUUCCGCUGCGUACCCCGGUGGUCAGAUCUCCGCUCCCGCGAUGCCAUCAGGUAUGCUCCCUCUGGACCCGGAGCUCUUUGCGGAGCAGUCUGGCUUACAACUCUCGGAAGACAUGAGCGCACCGCGGCCAUACGGUGCUUCCUACUCGUCUGCAGCACCGCCGCAAUCAACCUUUGCCCCACCGUCCGCGCCGCACUACCCACCACCCCACGGCUAUCAGGGCGACAGGCGCGCAUCGCACCCGUCAGUAGCAUCCACCAUCUUCUCCGGCGACCCCAUCGAGGCGCAGAAGUUCCGCCAGAGUUCCUUGAUUGACGUGAACAACAGGAUGAAUACUGCGUCUGAUGCUGAGCGUCAGGGCUUCAGCGAUGCCCUGGACGCGAGCCGUGGCAUGGUCGCGAUGAGCCAGUCGGACAUCACACCCCGAAACAUCUACGGAAGCAGCAGCACCGCACGACCAUCGACGGAUUCCUAUGGUUUCCCCACACACUCAUCGCACUCCUCCAUCUCUUCCGCCAGCACAUACCCGAACUACUACACCAGCUCCGUGAGCGAGGCCUCUGUCGGCGACUACAGCUCCGCCAGCGAGUCUGUCGACAUGCCAUCGCGGACGCUCCCGAGACCGAACGGCAUCCCCGAAGGAGCACUGCCGCCGGCGCCGCAAUCGAUGAUGGGCCAGUUCAGCUCCAAGGUCUCAUCGAGCUCGCAAAAGAAGCACAAGUGCAAGAUUUGCGACAAGCGUUUCACGCGACCCAGCUCGCUGCAGACGCACAUGUACAGCCACACCGGCGAAAAGCGUGAGUUCAAACGUUCGCAGACGCGCUCCGAGAUGUGCAAACUUCAAGUCUAAUAUCCAUGUUUCAUAGCAUUCGCUUGUGACGUCGACGGCUGUGGCCGUCACUUUUCCGUUGUCUCGAAUCUGCGGAGACAUCGCAAGGUCCACAAGGGCGAGGGCCAAGGUCCCCCAUCUCCCGAUGACGACGAUUAG